GGGGGAACUUCAACCACACCUCGGAGAUCUGGAGAACAGAGUUUUUUCCACCCUCAGCUCACUUCACACAAGAGAUCAUUCACUCCAGUCUUUACAUCUGGACUCUGUUGUACGGUUUCAAGAUUUGAGUGAAACAGCAAAGCCUCACAUAAACGUCAGAACCAAUUGGAAAUCAGGGUCCCGGAAACGCCAGAGGGAAUAAGGGGUCUUGUGUUAAUAAAGGAAAAGACACAAGGACAGACUUGAUCAGGGCGAACGUUUUUGGACAAGGCCCAGUUUAUAUCACAGAGAGUUAAGGACUGAGAUUCUCUGUCUAUCUCGUCUCAAAACGGUCAUCAGGGUGGCGAGAGAGAGGGAGGAAUCGAACCGGUGUGUGCCGGAGAUGAGUGCUUUCUGGCAUAAGAUUGGCUGCUGUGUGGUAGCCAAACCUCCUCCGAAGAAGAAACGGAGGAGAAUUGAUCGUAGCAUGAUUGGAGAGCCCACAAACUUUGUCCAUCUGACGCACAUAGGCUCUGGUGAAAUGGCAGAUGGCAUGCAGCCGUCUGGCCCAAUGCAGGAACAGAUGAGAUCCAAAGUGCCUCACGCUAAUGGCCGAAACAGCCUGUUAUAGCCUCUUUACUGUGUUUUUAUUUUAACCCCUCAGCAGAACCUGUCCAACAAGCGGCACUUUACCAAUUUGAAUACGGACCAGCUUUACAUCAACAGAACGUGUUGUGGUCACAAAUGGCAACAUGGCUGCAGUUGCCAACAUGGACGACACCUCUGCUGGGUUUUUUAUGUUAUGGGUCUUCUUUUUAGAGGAGAUAUUGUCCCUCCUUUAAGACUGUGUUUUAUUAUUUGGACCGGGAACGUGUGGAAAAGUGUGGACGUGUGAAGUGUGCGUUUGAAUGUUUUUGAGACACUGGUUGCGUUUGGAAGAGGAAAGGCUCUUAUCACAGUAACACAGGAGACUAUUUAACUGCCUUCCCAAAGUUAUAACUGGCAUGUUUGUCGUAGUCUGUCAUUGAUAAGGAUGUGCGCGAAUGCGUUUGCUUUUGUAAUGGAAAAUGUUUAUCUGUACCAUAACAGCGUCUCAACUAUUUUACAGUUGCACAAAUUGUUGGUGAUGAAAAUGAUCCAAACCCUUUUUAAUAAGUGUAUAGUACAUCUGUAGUAUUAAUAAUGGCGUCUCAGGAUUGCAAUAAAAACCCUGGCGGAAGUAUUAGAAGUAUUAGUUGAUUGCUCUUUAGCUUUGAUAAAUCAUUUAUUUACACACCUUCAUAAACUCAUUGUAUGCGAGACAAAGUAGAAAUAUUUGGAUGCAGCUCUUGCCAGUUUAUGGCAUGCCCAUAUCUGUCAGGCUCAAAGGACAAAACGGUAUUAAAAAACAUGCCCGUAUGACGCAUGCCCUUUCAUUUUACUUUAAAUAUUUUAAAUUAAACUAAACUGCCAAUGUAUGCUGCAUAAUAAUUUUUUUAAAUGUUUACACAAAAAAUAACUAUACAGGUUUUACAUGAUGAUGAGUCAACAAAGACUAAAAAUGAAUAAUCAUUUUUGGACCUUUAACUGCUCAUCUGAUAGGACUUUGAACGCCAGCUAUCUUGCAGGCUUCCUGCCAGUCGAAGUUAAAUGAUCAGACAUUUACUUUCACACAUCAAGCUCCACCUCACACAAGCUCAAACACAAGCUUUCUGUUUGCAGAAAAUCACAUGGCACCGAUGUGCACCUGCCUGUGACGGCCAUUAAAUCGCACACAUGCACCUCGUAUACUAAACUCUGUAUGUGUUUUGGAUACGGCUCUGUGUAGCACUGUGUUUGGGAGAAUUCCUCAGUUGACAAACAGAUGUUUGCUUGUAAUUGUUUUAUUUUGAUGCUUUGCUUCGCAAGAUCCCAAACUGUAAUUUACUUGUUAGAAAUGAUGUAUGUUUUGGUAGCGAAACCUUCAGAAAGCUUUCACGAUGUCUGUAUUGCUGUAGAAAUGUAGUGUAUUUUUAGUACUGAGGCACUCGAGAAACAUUUCACUUUUUUUAUUCGGUAUAGAGAAAAUCUUUUCAUUGCAGCCAAAGACAUCUCUGUUAGACCUUUUGAUAAAUGUUGCCUAUGGUUUCUAUGGCUUUUUUUCAUGUGAGCUGUUUACCAUCUUUAAGUAUCUGCUGUCACUUUAUAAAGCCAAAAUGGUAAUGGUGCAUAGCACUCAGUUUGCUUCCUUAUUUUUCUUCUUUUUUUGUUUAAUUUUUUUUUAGUUUAUUAGUUUGUCAUCGAUUGUGUGAUCAAACGUGAGCAGUAAUAGUGUGAUUCACAUGACAUUGUGUUAUGUCGGUGCAUCUUUUCGAUUUGUACUGAUUGUUGUGCUUUGACUUGUAACAAUACAGUUGUACAAAGAGUGCCA